AUGCUUACAGUGCCCUUAUUUGGAAUACCUGACUAGUAGAAUUAUCUCGAAAUCAAGCAGACCUAACUGCCUGAAGAUGUCCAAAAACUGGCAUUUUUACUUCAAAGAGAAAGAGUUCCUAUUACUUACUGGGUUUAGAUUUCAUUGAUGUAUCACAGAUUAGGCAAAAACUAGUCCUUUGCAUACCUUCUGAAUGAGGCCGUAAAAGAUACUGACAAAAAAACUAAUCCUCAUCUGUUCGAUAGCAUUGAUGACAGACUCAAAGCUUUCAAUCAUCUAGCUAUUUUCUAUUUGCUAGCCUCUGAAUAUGAAGUAGAUUAAGAUACUGUCGAAAAGUUGUUCCAAAAAGGAAUGGUAAAUAUCAACAAUGCAGAUCAAAUUAAUUUAUCAGAACCAGAGACAUGGCUGACUAAGUGUAUUUUUCAAUUCUCAAUGGGAUAGAUGAAAAAUGCAAAGAUCUAGUAUCUGGAUCAUUUUGACGAAAAGAAAUUCUCGCACCCCCUAGUCAAUGUCUUGAAAUCGAUAAUUGAGUUUAACUAGGGAAAUUACAAAGAAUCCCUAAAAAUACUCAAGAACAUUUUGAGCAACAAUCCAAGAUCACCUAAUUACAUUAGAUAUGCUAUUGGAUUAUGCUACUUUAGAAUAGGCAAUAUUGAGAAAGCCAGAUUUGCAUUUUAAAGAGUCAUUGAACUAGAACCUGAUCAUGAAAUGGCGGUAAUCUCACUUGCUAUUUUAGAGAUUUCAACCUAGUAAGAUGUGCCCGAUGUGUAAAAUUAGAUUAGAAGACUAUUGGAGUUAGCUUUCAAAAUUAAUCACAAGAACCCAUUGACUCUAAGGUAUCUGGCCGAGCAUUACUUCCAAAAGAGAAGUUAUCAUAUUGCAUAACAGCUUUGUGAAAAUGCUUUGAAAUCUCUUGAGAGGUGUAGAAGAAAAGAAGCAACCAUCAAGGAAAAUCCAAACUUUAGAAAGGAACUCGAACAAUUAAAGAGUGAUAUCUACUUCAUAUUAGGAAAAAUAAAUCAUGUUUAGGAGAACUACCAGGAUGCCCUUGGCUUCUACUCUAAGGCAGUAAAGUGUAAUAAUUAUAAUUUCUCAGCGUAAUUCUGUCUUGGCAAAGUCCAUUAUAGCUUUAAUAACUUUUAAGAAGCUGAAAAUUGUCUUGAUACUGUGCUUUCCAACCCAAAGCAUAAGGAUUGCUAUGAAGCACUCAGAUUACUAGCACAAACAAAGUCAAGGUAAAAUAAGAUCAAUGAAGCUGUCGAGUUAUUUAAGCGAGUAUUAGAGCUAAAUCCUUAGGACUUUGAAGCUAACUUUGAAAUAGCUCAAAUGUUUGAAUAGACUGAACCAAAGCAUGCCUUGGUAUACUAUGAAGGCGGUUUGAAAAUAUUACAAAAUGAAAUAGACGAGAGACAGCAUUAAGAGUCUAGCUUGCAAGAUGAUCCGAAUAGAAAUGCAAGUGAUGAUAUAGUGCCACCAGAAAUACUUUUGAAUGUGGGAACUCUCAGACUUGAAGUGGGUAAAAUCCUCGAAGCAUUUGAGUCAUUUUCAGCUUCAAUCAAGAACUGCUAGAAAUUAAUUCAACUGAAACCAGAUGAUAACCGAUUUAAAGCGAUCUUAAUAACUGCUAAAUUCAACCUAGGGUAUUGGUUUGAAUUAUAAAAUAGGUUAGGAGAGGCUAGCGAAUAGUACAAGCAGAUAACUUCGUAAGAGCCAUCUUACGUAGAUGCUUAUCUGAGAUUGGCUUAUUUAGCUAGGAAUAGAGGAGAUAUGAAAAGAGCUCUUGAGUAUGUAGAAAUUGCUAAGUCAAAGUAAAUAAAGAAGCCUGAGGAAUUUUCAAGGCCAGUCAAUUAAUUCUGCUUGAAGGGCAAAUUCUAUUCAGACAUCUCUGAAAUCCAAAAGGCAUCUGACGAGUUUAAGUUUGUAAACGAAAAACUAAGCAGAGAUAGCUAUGCUAUCAUAGGAAUGGCUAAUCUUAAGUAUGAAAUUUCUACUAGAAUCAGAUAAGAUGUCAAGCAAUAAGAAAGUUACCUGAGAAAUGCAAUGGAUAAAUACAUAGCUGUUCUUGAAACAGAUGAGUCAAAUGCUUUUGCUGCUCUAGGAGUGGCUAAUGUAUUAGCUGAACAUGGAAAAACUAGCGAGUCGAUGGAGAUAUACAAAGCUGUUAAAGAAAAUUCACCUGCAAUUCCUCACCCAUUAAUAAACCAAGCUCAUCUCUGUGUUGAACAUAAAAAUUUGACUGGUGCAAUAAAUUUGUAUAAAAAGGCAUUAGAAAAAUUUUAGGGUGGUAGAGACCUUGAAGUUGAACUAUAUUUAUCAAAGGCAUACUAUAAAAUGAUGGACUUUGAGAAUUGCAAAAAGAUCCUUUACCAGUUGAUGCAAAGAUACCCUCAUGAUCUAAGACUCAAGUUUAAUCUGGGAUUAUGCUUAAUGGAUUAAGCAAGAGAAACUUUCAAUAAGCAUGUUAGAAAGGUUUCAGAGACGAAGGAAGCAAUAGCUCAGCUUCAUCAUUCACAUAAGUUGAUCUUGCAUAUCCUGAGAACAGGCUCCUCUUAGCAAGACUUAUUUUCUCAGCACCACUAUUCGAACAUGUCUUAGGACUAAUUACAGAUGGAGCGAAUCAACUUCCGUGAGAUGCACAGAGUGUGUGACGACAAGCUGAGUUUAAUCAAGGAAAUGAUUCAGAGUGGAGACAGCUAUCUUUCUCAUGAUGCUGAGUUUGAAAAAUAAAUAAUGGACUAGGAAAAUAACAAGCUGACAAAGAUUAAGGAGAUAUAAAGUGUUCAGGAGAAGUAAGAGUAGGACAAGUUAGAGAGAUAAAGAUAAAUCUAGGAGUAGGAAGAGUAAAUUGCUGAGAAGUACGCUGAAAGUGUCGCCUAGCUAGCUCUAAAAAACUUAAUAAAGGAGAAAAAGCCUAAGCACAAUGAAAGCUAAGGCGAUGACGGGGAUAAGGAGAUGAAGUUUGACAGUGAUGACGAUGGAAUCAUGCAAGAUUAUAUGUUCCAUUAGGAUGAGGAAGAAGAUAAAGUUUUCAACGAGGAUGAUGAAAGCAUCCACAAAAGAAGGGAAAAGAAGAAGAAGGACAAGAAGGAUAAAAAGGAUAAAAAGAAAAAGGAUAAAAAGGAUAAGAAAGAUAAGAAGAAGAAAAAGAAGAAGAGCAGGAGAGAGAAUGGCGAGAAUAAUGCUAAUGGAGAAGGCAAUAAUGAGGACAACGAUUAAUCAAGAGAUAAGAACGUGCGCAGACUCAAACUUAAAAGAAAUAGAGACAUUGAGGAAGCUGCCGAAGGUGAGGUCGGUGAAUAGCUAACUCAGCAUAACUAAGAUGAAGAAGAUAUUAUCAGAGAUGAUUAGAAUGAAGAAAAUGCUGAAGCUAACAAAGAAAGUGAAAAUGAGCAGAUGAUAGAUUGA